AGGAAUUUAUACAAAACAAUGUGAGUUAUUCGGAGAUGCCUUCGUUAGAAAUGUUUUUGAAUUUUUUGAAGGGUCGUGCGGACGUCCUCGAAUCAGUCUUCCGCAGUAAGCAAGACUCAAGCAAGGUGAAUAAGCCGACUCCAAAUUCCUCACAUACGAGUAGCAACAACAAUAAACUUCAUAUUUCUACAAGAUCGUUUAUCGCUGAAAAGGGAACCGCAUCAACAACUACAACGAGUUAUAGGUGCGCCGUAUGUAACGACAAUCACCGAAUCUAUGAAUGUUCCAAAUUUCUAUCAAAAGCGGUUGACGAGAAAAUUAAAAUGGUAGCUAAAUUAAAGUUGUGUACCAACUGCUUACGUGGACAUAGUCUACGGAAUUGCAGACUUCCUGGUACCUGCAGGAACUGUCGAGAGAGGCACAACACGAUACUCUGCCAGUCUAACAAACCUGAAAUCGAUAAAUCCGAUUCCGAGCCAGUCGCGAUGUCAGCUACCACCUCGUCAGAAACUUUAUUGUGUACAGCAUUGGUUGAUGUUAUAAAUCCUAAAACUAACAAAACUAUAACCACCAAGGCCCUUCUAGAUAGUGGAAGUCAAUGCACAUUUAUAACGCAAAAUUUAAAGGAACAGUUAAAUUUAAAUACAUUACCUUCUAGUACACAGAACGUUUUAGGUAUAGGCAACAUACCAUUAAAGCUCGGCGCUGAACGAUGCGAGAUUCGCCUACAGUCCAAGCUGAGUGCAUUCAAUUCAAUUUUGUCCUGUUUAGUAAUCCCAAAAAUAGCAGGCAAAAUACCUAAGUCUUUUAUAGACACUACAUACUUAAACUUAAAGUCAUAUGAGCUUGCAGACCCCAGCUUUUUUGAACCAGCUGAAAUAGGAUUACUCCUCGGUGCUGACGUCUUUUGGGAUUUAAUAUUGUCCAAACAGCACUCUUUAGGAAAGGGUAAUCCUAUUCUACGUCAAUCUAAACUAGGCUGGCUCAUCGCAGGUCCCAUGCACUACCCUCAUGACAUCAACAAAAAAUCAUUUCAAUGUCAUUAUGCUAAUGUAGCCAAUAAUAAUGAACUCAAUAGCUGCUUAGUCGAUUUACACAGUGACUUGAAAAGGUUUUGGGAACUGGAAAGCUUACCACAAAAACCCUUACUUACCGAUACGGAGAAAGAUUGCGAACAGCACUUCCUAAAACACACAACACGAAGUAACGAUGGGCGUUUUUGUGUUAAACUUCCGCUCACUGAUAACCCGGAACGUCUAGGAGACUCUUAUCACAUGGCAAAAAAGAGAUUUUUAAAUCUAGAACGUAGAUUUUGUAAGCAACCUGAGCUUAAAGACGCUUACGUAGAUUUUAUAAAUGAGUAUGCUAACCUAGGACAUCUUUCAGUUUCACACGUUGACCGACCUGAGGGAGGCUAUUUUAUUCCGCAUCAUCCCGUCCUCCGCGAUAGCGAAUCGACACGGCUUCGCGUGGUAUAUGACGCAUCAGCGCGUACGGGAAUAUACAAUAUGUCAAUAAACGACAUACAAAUGAUUCCAGCGAAUAGAACAAAUGCGACAAAAUUUCUGGAAACGCUGGAGCUUGGAGUACAUCUCUGAAUUACAAACAAGAGCAAAAUGGCGCGGAAAGUCUAUCGAGCUUCAGGUGGACGACUUGGUUGUGCUCAAAGAGGAAAACCUACCACCCCUCUACUGGCGCUUGGGGCGCAUAGAGCAACUUUAUCCUGGAGACGACGGGGUGCCACGAGUUGCAGACGUCAGAACUUCAAAGGGAAUCGUGCGCCGCGCAUUAAACCGAAUUUGCGUGUUGCGCCACAAUCUUUCUUCUGAGAAGCUUUAGCUUCUGACGCAGCUUCCCAGGGCCGGGUGUAUGUUCGCGCGCUAAUUCAUAUUCGCGAACUGGUAUACGGAGAGGACACAAGAGGGCGCUGUAACUCCCAACACGUCAAACAGAAUACAC